AUGAAAUUGGUUGAUAUUCUAUUCGUAUUGACUGCAGCAGCAACCGCUAAUGCAAUACUGAUACCGACUGAUAAUGAUGGUUCACUCCAAGCAUCAGUCACUUCCAGUCAAGUGUCCGUUUCAACUAAUGAACCUAAUCCAGGCACUUCAGAUGAAUACCAGCAAGAACCAGUGGAUUUAAGCCUUUCCGACCGGAUCCGGCAACAACCAAUGGAUCAACCCGAUCCAAAUACUCCUAAUCAAGGUCAACGACUAACUGUGAUUGUAGCUGGUCCAAGUACUUUCAAACAAGGCCGAAAGCGCAUAAUGGAUGUGAUUGAUUUACUGAUUUCCAGACAAAACAAGCAACGACCAAUUGAUGAAGUUGAUCCAAACGCUUCCAAACAAAGUCAGCAACAGCCAAUGAGUCAGCCUAGUCCAAGUACUUCCAAACGAAGUCGGAAACGGCCAAUCAAUGAAAUCAGGCCAAGCAUUUUUAGCCAAGCGUCUGGCUCAACUAAUGAACCCAGUCCAAGUGCUCCAAAACAAAGUCGAAAACAACCGAUUGAUCAACCCAUUCCAAGUACUUCCAGCCAAGACCAGCAACAACCAAUAAACGAAGGCGAGUCUGCUAAUACUGUUACAAAUCAAGUGACUGUAUUAGGCCCAAGAUAUCAGAGAAGCUUUAAUCGUAUAAAGAAAAGGCUUGUAGCGUCUAAAAAGAUUGCAAAAGAAAAACGCGAAAAAUAUUGUAAACAUGCAGACCUCAAAUUCAGUCAGCAGUUAGCGUUAGCAAUGGGCAAAGAAAUAUCUGAUUCAACGUACGAUCCAGACACUGAAAAGAAAUUGGAACAAGAGUAUGUAGCGGCAAGGAAAAGAGUAUAUAGUGUCAGAUAUAAAUUGAAAAAGUUUAUGGAAAGGCAUGGUUUGAAAUUUGAAGAACCAAAAGCAGAUUCAGAUUGA